AUGUCGAAAGAAGAAGAGAAAAACAUUGCCAUCAAUGGCGGAGACAGCGACGAACAGCCCGCCUCGGCUAAUUCAGAAGAGAUCCAGUCAGGUGACUUCACUGACAACGCCGAUGGCCUACAGCGUCGACUGGGAAAUCGUCAGAUCCAGCUCAUCGCCAUCGGCGGAUCUAUCGGGACGGCUUUGUUUGUGAGUAUUGGUGGCGCUCUCAACAAAGGUGGCCCCGGUGGGAUGCUUCUCGCAUAUACACUGUACUCGCUCCUCCUGGCUCUCGUCUCCAAUGGCGUUGCAGAAAUGAGUGUCUUCAUGCCCGUCAGCGGUGGAUUCAUCCGUUUGGCAGGGAAAUGGGUGGAUGAAGCCUUUGGAUUCAUGGCUGGCUGGAAUUUCUACUUCUACGAAGCUUUGCUCAUCCCAUUUGAAAUCACGGCUCUCAACCUGGUUCUGUCGUUUUGGCGAGAUGACAUUCCGGUCGCAGCCGUCUGCGCAGCAUGUGUAGUCCUCUACGGGCUUCUGAACUUAUUGGCUGUGAAAGCUUACGGAGAGGCGGAAUUUUGGCUGUCCGGAGGGAAGGUCUUGCUCAUCUUCAUGCUAUUCGCUUUUACCUUCAUUACGAUGGUGGGAGGUAAUCCCCAACAUGAUGCCUACGGAUUCAGGUACUGGAGAGACCCCGGUGGUUUCGCCGAAUACAUCACAACGGGAUCCCUUGGCCGCUUUGAGGGUUUCCUCGGCUCCCUUUGGGCAGCAUCCUUCUGUAUUGUUGGACCUGAAUACAUUUCGAUGGUGGCAGCAGAGGCAAAACGCCCAAGGAUCUACAUUAAACAAGCCUUCAAGACCAUCUACUGGCGUUUCGGUAUCUUCUUCAUUUGUGGUGCCCUCUGUGCAGGUAUUGUGAUACCUUAUAAUGACAAAACUUUGGUCGCCAUUCUCGGCGGAGAUUCCACGGGAGGUGGUACAGCUGCAGCCUCACCUUACGUUAUUGCUAUGCAAAACAUGGGCAUUGAAGGAUUCCCACAUCUAGUCAACGCUCUUUUAGUCACCAGCAUCUUCUCUGCUGGUAAUACAUAUACCUACUGCGCGACACGUACUUUAUACGGCCUGGCCCUCGAAGGUCGCGCGCCAGCCAUCCUCAAGAAAUGCACCAAGCAGGGUGUACCGAUCUGGUGCUUCGCUGUCACGAUGCUCUUCCCAUUCCUCAGCUUCCUCCAAGUCUCAAGCAAUUCAUCCCAGGUCCUAACAUGGCUCGUCAAUCUCAUUACUGCUGGUGGCGUUAUUGACUAUAUUGUCAUGAGUAUAACCUAUCUAUGCUUCUUCUACGCAUGUAAGAGGCAAGGUGUUGAUCGCAAGACAUUACCUUACUGUGGUUGGUUCCAACCAUACUGUGCCUGGAUUGGCCUUGUGGGCAUGACGGUAAUUGUCUUUGUCUACGGAUACUCAACUUUCCUACCUGACUCGUUCACUCUCAGCGGCUUUUUCUCCUAUUACACGAUGGUUGGAGUUGCUCCCAUCCUGUACGUCUUCUGGAAAGUCCUGAAGCGUAGUCCAUUUGUGCGCAGCGAAGAUGCAGAUCUUCUCUGGGAACGACCCAUCAUCGACGCAUACGAGGCCACAUUCGUCUCUCCACCAAUUGGAUUCUGGACUGAGAUGGUUCAGCUUGUUGGCCUCAAGCGAGGAGCCAAGGAUGAGCGCAUCGUCGGCAGAAGAGGUUCUGUACAAGUUUACUAA